AUGAUUGUGGAAGACAAACGGGAUGACUACUACAACGGAGAGUCCGAUGACGAAGAUUCUGAUCCAAAUAGGUCAAGGAGAGACCGUGCAUUGAUAUAUGAUGGAGCUGAUUUUCCUCGGGAUCUAAGAACAAGUAGAAUCUCCAUGGAAUCAUACAUGAGUCGAUAUAGAGCAAUAUGUUGUCCUGUUGCAAACAUUGGCUUACAAGAAGAUCUUGUUGCGCAUAUCUGGAACAUACGAGGGCAAGAACAAUGA